CUUUAUAAUUAUAUAGUUUGGAAAUGGAGACAGAAGAAAAGAAGCUUUCUAUCGAAGAUUUCACCCUCCUGAAGGUAGUCGGAAAGGGAUCCUACGGAACAGUCAUGCUGGCUAGGAAAAUUGAUUCCGGAGAGGUCCUAGCUAUUAAGAUGCUGAAGAAAUCCUAUCUGAAGAAGAGAAAACAAGAGAUCCAUACUAAGGCCGAAAGAUUUAUUUUGGAAACAAUAAAUCAUCCAUUUAUUGUUAAUCUUAAGUAUGCUUUCCAGAACACAGAGAAGCUUUACUUCUGUUUAGAGUUUUGCCCAGGAGGUGAGCUCUUUUUCCAUCUUCAGAGAGUCGAGAAUUUCGAUGAGGAAGUUACUAGGUUCUACUCUGCACAAAUGGUCCUUGCUCUGGAACAUCUUCACAAGAACAAUGUCAUUUAUAGAGACCUUAAGCCUGAAAAUGUUCUGAUUAACACAGAUGGAUAUAUUAAGCUCACUGAUUUCGGUCUUGCAAAGGAAAACGUCAUGACUGACAAAGACGCAAAAUCUUUCUGUGGAACACCCGAAUAUCUCGCUCCAGAAAUAUUGGAAAGAAAGGGGCAUGGAAAACCUGUCGAUUGGUGGAGCCUUGCGUCUAUCAUCUAUGAAAUGAUAGUUGGACUUCCUCCGUUCUAUGAGAAGGACAACAGAGAAAAGCUAUUCAAAGAGAUCAAAUCGGGUGAACCUGAGUACCCGGAUGACAUGAGUCCAGCUUGUAGAGACCUUCUCGAAGGUCUUUUUAAGAAAGAUCCGGCUGACAGAUUAGGAGGAUCUGAAGGAAAUGCAGAUGAAAUCAAGAGCCAUCCAUGGUACUCACAAGUAGAUUGGGAUAUUCUCAAGGAGAAGAAAAUAAUCCCACCUUUUAAGCCAAAGUUGGACUCUGACGAUGAUACCAAGUAUAUUGACAACGAGUUCACAGAGAUGCUUCCAAUGGAUUCUGCUGCUGAUGGAACUGUACUUGAUUCUGGAUCAAUGACUUGGAAAGAUUUCUCAUUUGACUCCAAUAAAAUGAUGACUGAUUAGUUAAUGACUAGAACUGCACUUGUAUUCUUGGAUACGCUCAACUCAUUUUAUUGC